AUGGGCAUCCUGACAGAGCUGUUGCAGGUGCUGGGAUUCCUGGGAGUGGCUCUGGGGGGCUCUCCUGCCUUCCGCUGGGACAGCACCUCCUGCCACUUGGCCAGGCCCAUCCGUGGCAGCCCCCUGGGGUCCCUGAGCUUCCUGGGCAAGGAUGCCCAGAGACUGGCCCUAUUCCACGCCCACUGGGAUGUGCACAGGAGGCUGCAGGCAUGUAGCUGGCAGGACGAACCGGAGCUCACCAAAGUCUUCAGUGCCCUCUGCACUCAUGAGACCACCCGGAGCUCCUUCAUCCACACCCCUGGACCCAAGCUGCAGAGAGCACUGGCCACCCUUCAGAGUCAGUGGGAGGCCUGCCGCGGGCCUGAGGACAGGCCAGCAGGGGCCAGAGAGAAGAGGGCAGCAGGGCAGAAUGGAGCACCUGGCCAAGGGCGCCAGCGAGUGAAGAGAGGCUGGACCAUGCCUGGAACGUUGUGGUGUGGAGUUGGGGACUCUGCUGGGAACUCCUCGGAGCUGGGGGUCUUCCAGGGCCCUGAUCUCUGCUGCCGGGAACACGACCGUUGCCCACAGAACAUCUCGCCCUUGCAGUACAACUAUGGCAUCCGAAACUACCGGUUCCACACCAUCUCCCACUGUGAUUGUGAUACCAGGUUUCAGCAAUGCCUGAGGAAUCAGCAUGACUCCAUCUCAGACAUUGUGGGCGUGGCCUUCUUCAACGUGCUGGAGACCCCCUGCUUUGUGCUGGAAGAGCAGGAGGCGUGCGUGGCGUGGUACUGGUGGGGCGGGUGUAGGACGUAUGGCUCGGUGCCCCUUGCUCGCCUCCAGCCCAGGACCUUUUACAAUGCUUCCUGGAACUCCCCGGCUACCUCUGUGAUUUCCAGCCCUCAAAGCUCAGCCCCUACCAAGCCUCGUUCGAAGCAGCACCCUCGGAAGUGGCUGUCGCAGCGGAAAGCAUCCAGGCAUCCCAGCAAAGCUAACAUCACAGCCCUCCAGGCCCCCAUGGCCUCCCCUAGGCCUGAUGUGGCUCCUAUAGCCCAGCCAGGGGUCCACCAUUUAGGCUUCCAGGACCCACAGGGUGGCCUAAAACCUCAGGAUGCCCGCCGGGCCUGCCGCAGCUUCCACCACCUGGACCAGUGUGAGCACCAGAUCAGGCCCCAGGAAACCAGGUUCCAGCUGCUCAACAGUGCCCGUGAGCCCCUCUUCCACUGCAACUGCACACGCCGUCUGGCACGCGUCCUGAGGCUCCAAAGCCCACCUGCAAGCGCCACUAUGCUUUGGGAACUGCUGGGCACUAACUGCUUCAAGCUGUCCUCUCCAUUGGACUGUGCUGAGGGCAAAGGCUGUUCCAGAGACCCUAAAGCCAUCAAGGUGCCAGCUCGGCAUUUGCGGAGGCUGCAGCAGAGGCGAUUCCAGCUCCAGGAUAAAGGCACACAUGAGCGGCAGGCACAGCUUUCAGAGCAUCUGGGGGAUUCCAUUUCAUUCUAUGACCAAUGCCUGCAGCUAACUGAGGCAGCCAGGAGACCUGAGGGGCAGCAGAAAUCCUGGAGCCAGUGACCUCAGUUCCAGCUGUCCUGGGCACCAGCUUGGACCUUGCCCCUGGCUUUGUCAGGCUCUGAGAGUCUUGGCUUCCUUUCCACGGGUUAGACUGAAGCAUAGCAGAGGAUCUUGUGGACAGCCAGGAGGCUGGAUGAGGGAAGAUCUCAAGGCCCAAAUGUUGGACCAUGUCUCCUACUGUGCUGGGUAAUCUUGAGCUGAUGAUACAACCCCUCUGUGUGAGAAUGCAGCAUUCAGGAGGCUCACUCUGAUGCCCUGGGCUUGGGCCUUGCCAGAGAACUUCACAUACAGAAGGGAUGGGGAGAGGGUAACUUAUUGCAGCUGCUCCAGGAAGUACCAGGAGGAGGUGCAUGUAUGUCCAUGUUGCAAAAUUAAUACAUGUUUCAAGAGCCUACCUAGGAGAGCCCUAGUGCCUGGCUGCCUAGGCUAGGGAUAGCAGGUAGGGAAUUAGGG